AUGCUACCGGAUGCGCUCGCGAGGUCCGCUUACAGCGAGAAGACUAUUGCGACUUUCCUGAAUAUGUACAACCCCCAGGGCGUAAUCCACACCACCAACACAGACGCAAAGGAGUUUGUUAGCUUGCUACCCCUGCUUAGCACGCGCGAUGAAGCAUUACAGAUGGCUGCUCUGGCAGUUGGCAUAACACAGCUGGGGGUAACUUCGGAUAACGAAGCUCUCACGCGGCAAGGAAGAACACUGUACGGGAAAGCGCUGAAGGAAACAGCCGUGGCUUUACAGAACCCCGUUCGAGCGAGUAGCGAAUCACUACUUGUUGUACCGCGAGUCAUGGCUCUCUUCGAUAUGCUGUUCGGCGCGGAACCGAAUACGACCAACCAGGCAAAGAGCUGGCUCAGUCACUGUGAGGGUGAGCUAGCUAUGAUAGUCAGCCGUGGCCCGGAGAUAUUUGCGGAAAACGACGCGGCGCAUAGGCUCUUCACUAAUGCAAGAUACCGGCUACUUGGACCUGCCAUCCGCGGCAGGAAGCCAACCAUACUCAAUGAGGAAGAGUGGAAGACCAUACCUUGGAAAGGGCGGACCAAGUCGUCCGACGACGUUCUCAUCGAUAUCCUCUGCGGUAUACCCGAGCUUUUGGACGCUAUAGACAAGCUACAAUUCGGAUGCAUGAGCGAACAAGAAAGAGAAGGGCUACAAGUAUACACCAUAGCAAAAUGCUGGACACUGCAUUUCGAGCUCGAAGCUUGGGUCCAUGCAGAAGCUAACGCCAUCUACACACCCGAGAUUGUUAGCAACGCAACGCCAAUCACCUUUCCCAGCAUAGACGUUGCCUGUGUCACUGUACGCUACUGGUUGACAGCCCUCUUCCUAUACUCCACCCUCGAUGUCGCAAGCGGCAUCGAUCUUUAUACCGAUACCUCGAUUUCGCACCCUGAUCGCCCACACCCCCGACCGUUUGCCCGCAUGAUCAUGAAGUCAGUCGACUACUUCCUUCAAGAGCAGUUCGGCGUAACGGGUAUCAUGGCUAUCUGGAUGCCCUUAGGCAAUGCGCUGUUCUAUCUGAAUAGAAAUCGGGAGCCUGAUGAGGAAUAUAUAAUGAGCAUCAUGCGGACUUGGCAUAAACCAAAGCUGCCGAGCACGAUGAGAGAGUUUUUGAAGAGUUUUAGGGAAACGGUUGAUUUUAGGACUUUGCUGGCGAAGCCUAUGAGUGAGUUGUGA